AUGGCUGACAACGCUACCCCGGGUUCUGCUGCUGGCAAUGUCACUUCGAGCAACAACGACAGUGCAGCUGGCAACGCUCCCGAAAGGGAAGACAACCCUCAACCCUUGACGGCUGAUAUGCUCGAUAAAGCGGCUGACAGGCUUGAUAUUCUUGUGGCAAAGCACUUCCAAGAGGACGCUGGCAAACUUCCUGACGACGCCCAUGACCAAGCCGCCCCGGACGUCCCCUACCUUGGCCUCCGCGAUCGCGACGACAACGGCGACUUCAAAAUACGGGAUAAGCUAUCAGCUCUCGAUGAAUACCUGGCCACCAUUCACUCCAUCAAGGGAGGCACAACAAUACCCGCUCGAGCUCCGGAGGCCAUCGCUACCAAUGCAAUGAUAGAGAAUAUGAUGAAGGAAGACCCCAGCCUAACCUCCAAUUUUGAAAGUGGGUAUCUGAGACAGAUCACGGAAACGAAAAACCGCGUACAAGCCGCCGUUGCCUGGCAAAAUAAGAAGAUGGAGGAGGACCAGUCUGAGGCGAUGGAGGAUUAG